UUCAUUCACCCGCCACUACACGAAAAAGCAACCCUUAAAAUACUCCAUUACCUAUUAUUUUUCCUUCCUUACUAUUUUUCUUUUUGUUUGAUCCGUGCUUUGUUUUGCUCCGCAUAGAUUUUCUGUUUUUAUUCCUUUUUCUAUUUUUCUUGUCUUGAUCAAAUAGUGAAGUGUUCGAGAACAAUGGGUUGUGCGGCGUCGAAGCUGGACUAUGAAGACAUCGUACGGCGGUGCAGGGAGCGGCGUCACCUGAUGAAGGAAGCCGUCCACGCUCGACACCGCUUAACCUCCGCUCACGCCGACUACUGUCGCUCUCUUCGUGUCACAGGCCCAGCUCUCGCUUCCUUCGCAGCCGGUGAGCCUCUUUCCGUCUCCGACGAAACCCCCGCAGUUCUUCUUCGACCAUCUCCUCCACCAGCCAAUCCCACCCCUCUAAGUGUCCCUCAUUCCCCUUCCCCUUCCCCUUAUGUGGCUCCCAAUUGUCGCCGGUCACGUAAGUUACCACCGAAACUCCCCCACAUUUUGUCGGAUUCGAGUCUUUCUUCUUCUCCCCUAAGCUCGAAAUCCGGUUUUUCCAACUAUUUUUACCCGACGGCAUAUCAAGCUAAUUCAACGUACUCAGCCACUCCUUCCCAAGUUUCUUCUGUUUGUAACUGGGAAAAUUUCUACCCUCCUUCCCCGCCGGACUCCGAAUUCUUUGACCAAAAAGCAAAACAACGAAAGCAACAACAACUAAUCCAGCAGCGUCCUCGAAAUCUACAUUCUAACUACCCUGAAGAGACGGAAGAUACCAAAACGGAAAAAUCAGGAUACGAUUUCUUCCGUCCAGAAAAACCGAACCACCAUUACAAUAUCAAUACCGCCAGUAUGAGUGGUAGAACUUCCUUUCUAUUUUCCGGAGUGUGAUGCCUUUUUCUCAUCCUCCGGCUUAUUAUCCAUUUUAUACCCCGCAGCAGCCCCGUACAUCGGAUGCCGUGGUGGCGGCUGCACUGGCGGAGGAGUCCGAUGGAGAUGAUGCAAUAUGGUUGGUAUACCU